GAGCACACAAAUAGCUCAGUCUUUCCAAAAUUCAGUGCAGGUACAAAAGGGAGUAGGCUGGAGAAACUGUUAAAAGGAGGGGGGUUUUUUCUCUACUGGAAGUCAUUUCACUGUGUGUUUUUACCACACAGACUGGAGAAGCAUGGAUGAGAAAUACAUGUCCAAACUGUCCCCUACUGUAGAUUUAUGUGCAGGGAUUUACCUGGUGAUAGUUGCUGUCCUGUCUCUCUUUGGGAAUGGGGCAGUUCUAGUAAGCGCAGCCAGUCGCUUCGCCCUGCUCAAAUCUCCCGAGCUGCUGACAGUGAACCUGGCUUUGACGGACAUCGGCAUGGCCCUCAGCAUGUAUCCUCUGUCCAUUUCUUCAUCUUUUAACCAUGCCUGGAUUGGAGGUGACACAACCUGCCUCUACUACGGCCUGAUGGGCAUGAUCUUCAGCAUUACAAGUAUCAUGACUCUGGCUGUGAUGGGGAUGAUCAGGUUCAUGGUAGCAGGAAGUCCCCCCAAAACAGGUGUCAAGUUCCAAAGGAGAACCAUCAGCUUUGUGAUCAGCGGGAUCUGGCUGUAUUCCGGACUGUGGGCAGCGCUACCUCUGAUGGGAUGGGGCAGCUAUGGGCCGGAGCCGUUUGGACUGGCCUGCUCGAUAGACUGGACCGGUUAUGGGGAUUCCCUGAACCACUCCACCUUCAUCAUUGCUAUGUCUGUUCUCUGCACAUUCCUCCCCUGUCUAGUUAUCCUUUUCACCUAUUUUGGUAUUGCGUGGAAGCUGCACAGAACCUACCAAUCCAUCCAGAGCAACGAUUUGCAAUAUCGCAGUGUUGAGAAGAGAAUAACUCUGAUGGCUUUGAUGAUCAGUUCUGGGUUCUUCAUUGCGUGGACCCCCUACGUGGCUGUGAGCUACUGGAGCAUGUUUCACUCACGGGAGCAGGGCCACAUGUCUCCCUUUAUCAGCAUGUUACCUUGCCUCUUUGCUAAGAGCUCCACCGUAUUCAACCCUUUCAUAUACUUCAUCUUCCAGCGUACCUCCUGGCAAGAGCUUCUGUGCCUCCAGAGACUGAUUGUUUGUUGUUCUCAUCGAAGGAAUUUACCUGUUGAAGGCAGGAAACUUGGAAAGCAAAUGGUAAAAGGUUCAGACUCCUACAACUUUGAAAACAAGACUGAUGAAACCUGUGUGGGAUAAUGGGAGAUUCUCCCUUUAGACAGACUAGGAUUCAGAUAGUCGUUGGGCCGUAAUAAGACUCCAGUCUUAUAUUAUUGCUUUUAGAUAAGUAGACAUUAAACGAACAACAUUUGUUUUGCUUUUUGCCAAGCAUUAGAUAUGAAAAUCAUUAUCCAUCUCAUGUCUUUGGUUAAUUAGAUGUAGAUAGAGCAAGCCUAAAGUUAGCUUAGCUUAGGUAAAAGACU